CCAGUGUAUCUCUCCUUCCUCGUCUUUUUGCACUGAACCUCUCCGGUCGUUCUGGAAUAUUCUGCUGCUCAACUGAGCAACGAGAACUGCUGGACUGUGUGUGCGGGACAUUUGGAAAUUGCACAGGAAAUUGUCUUUCUGUUCCGCGAACAUUGUGUGUGUCUGCCGGUGGAGGUAAGAGGUGUGUGAGGUGGAGGAGCACACGCUUGUCUUCACCGAGGGAAGGAUGGUUUUGCCGGUUGGUCUUUUGGUUGUUCUUAGAGUUCGUGUCUCCCGGGCAACCGUGGCCACCCUCUUCGCGCCAUGAGCAGAGCCGGCCGCGUCUCCUGCUCCAUGCUCAACUGCUUCGGUGAGGAGGGACCUCCUAGUCUGGAAUAUAUCCAGGCCAGGGACCUGUUUCCCCAGAAAGACCUUGUCAAGGAAGACGACACCCUACAGGUCCCGUUCCCUGUCUUGCAGGGCGAGUGGGUCGAGUUCCUUGGUCGUGCGGAUGAUGGCAUCAUCGCAAUAUCAAACUACAGACUUCACAUUAAGUUCAAAGACUCCAUCAUCAAUGUUCCUCUGAGGCUGAUUGAGAACGUGGAGAGCAGAGAGAUGUUCCAACUACACAUCAUCUGCAAAGACUCGAAAGUAGUGAGGUGUCAUUUCUCGACAUUUAAGAAGUGUGAUGAGUGGCUGAAGAGACUGAACAGGGCUAUAGCACAUCCCGCCCGUCUGGAGGAUCUGUUCGCGCUGGCGUAUCACGCUUGGUGUUUGGGAGGCAACACUGAUGACGAAGACCAGCACCUGCACAUGUGCAGACCAGGUGAUCAUGUGAGACACAGAUUGGAGAUGGAGAUAAAGCGGAUGGGCUUUGAUAUGCAGAACGCCUGGAGAGUGUCGGAUAUCAAUGCCAACUACAAGUUGUGUUCGAGUUAUCCUCAGAAACUGCUGGUGCCUGUUUGGAUCACAGAUAAAGAGCUGGAGAGCGUGGGUUCCUUCAGGUCCUGGAAGAGAAUCCCUGUGGCGGUGUACAGGCACCAGCGCAAUGGGGUGGUGAUCGCUCGCUGCAGUCAGCCCGAAAUCAGCUGGUGGGGUUGGAGAAACACUGAAGACGAGUAUUUGGUUACGUCUAUAGCGAAGGCCUGUCAGCUGGACCCCGGCCCAAGGGCCUGUAGAACCAGAGGAGACGGGCAAGAUUCUGACAGUGACUUUGACUCGUCUCUUACGGCUUGUCCCGGUUCUGACACCAGCGCUGUGGCUCAGAAGCUUUUGAUUCUUGAUGCCCGCUCUUACACUGCUGCCGUGGCAAACCGUGCAAAGGGAGGAGGCUGUGAGUGUGAAGAGUACUAUCCUAACUGUGAGGUGAUGUUCAUGGGCAUGGCCAACAUUCACUCUAUCAGAAACAGUUUUCAGUCACUCAGAGCCGUUUGCAGUCAGAUCCCAGACCCUGGAAAUUGGCUGUCUGCUUUGGAAAGCACCCGUUGGCUGCAGCACCUGUCCGUCAUGCUGAAAGCAGCCACUCUGGUUUGUUCUGCGGUUGAGAGGGAGGGACGACCGGUGCUGGUUCACUGCUCUGACGGCUGGGAUCGAACUCCACAGAUCGUGGCCCUGGCAAAGAUCCUCCUGGAUCCUUUCUACAGAACCAUAGAGGGUUUUCAGGUACUGGUGGAGACGGAGUGGCUGGAUUACGGUCAUAAGUUUGCGGAUCGCUGUGGUCAUCAGGAGAAGGGCGAUGAUGUUAGUGAGCAGUGUCCUGUGUUCCUCCAAUGGCUGGACUGUGUGCAUCAGCUGUUAAAACAGUUUCCCUGUCUGUUCGAAUUUAACGAGGCCUUUCUGGUGAAGCUGGUUCAGCACACUUACUCGUGUCUCUACGGUACCUUCCUGUGCAAUAACGCAAAAGAGCGAGAUGCCCGUAACGUUUAUAAACGCACAUGCUCUGUCUGGUCUCUCCUGCGCACUGGAAACAAGAACUUCCAGAACUUUCUCUACAUCCCCUGCCAUGAUAUGGUUCUGCAGCCGGUGUGUCACACGCGGGCUCUGCAGUUGUGGACGGCCGUUUAUCUGCCGACUUCAUCUCCGUGUACAGCAGCCGAAGAUGCCAUGGAGAUCUACCUGAGCCCCUCUGCACAGGGUGAGGAGUUCACCUCCCGAUCUCUGGACAGGGUCCCCAAGACGCGCUCGAUGGACAACUUGGUGUCUGCUUGUGAGAACGUGACGCUCACCCGCACCUCAAGUGACCCCAACCUCAACAAGCACUGCCAGGAGGGACGCACGACGCACGAAACCAGCCAGCCCAUGUCCAUUCAGAGAACCCCAGAAGACACACCAGUCGUUGGAUUGCUAAGUGACGACCAGGAGUUGGAAAUCAGUCCUUUGGCUUCUCAUGAGGUUCAGGAAGACGACGUGAGGGCGGAGCCUUGUCUGACGACCCAGCCCCUGCCAUCUGUGCCCCACCCUUUAACUUUAGAUCAGGCUCCUCCCCUUCCUAUUUUAAAUCAAGCUCUGCCUCAAAUCUCAUCCUCUCCACCCUCACCUUUACAACAGGAAGUGCAAGCUAGGCCUGAUGAUGUAACUUCCUGUGUGGCCACCACUCCAAAUCCACCUCCUGUCUGUAACGGUUUUGCACACUUAGAGAACGCUGGUCAUUUCCAAAACUCAGAGAUCGAGUUUUUUAAGCGAUUUACUCCUCUCGCGCCAAUGGACGCUUCCGUGGAAACCCUGACGGAGGACAGCCUCGUCCCUCCAGUUUUAAAAGCCAUUUCAGAGGAGACAAAAAGAACUGAGGCUGUACAAAUCGGCGAACUCAUUCCUGUAAAAGAACGGCCCGUCCCGCCGCCCACCGAAUAUGCCAAAGCGGCACGCAGGUUGAUCUCCCAGAGCCAGCUGACCGAUCUGUCACUACUGGGUUCUCAAUGGGACAGCAUGCAGGGUCUCGUUCAGUCGGCAUGCGGAGGUGCCAUCCAGCACGGGAGCUAUCACGGACGGCGCUUGGCAAACAAGCUCCUCCGGGCUCAGGGCGGGAGCUCCAACGGCGGGCCGUGUUGCCGCCGGGACCCUUUGUGCACUCCUGGAAGUCCAGUCCAGUCUGGCUGGUUCUCAGCUGUGAAAAACACAAGCUACGCCGCUCUUUGUUCGUCGGCCACCUCUUCGCUGGCAAUCGGACCAUCUUUCCGACAACUUCUGCCGUCGCAUUGUUCCCCCUCGGGUGGAUCUCCGGCUCUGAUGCCAGCGUACCUGGAUGACGACGGUUUGCCGGUCGCCGUGGAUGCAGUGCAGCAACGUCUGCGUCAGAUUGAAGCAAGUUAUAAACAUGAGGUGGAAAUUUUGAGACGGCAGGUUAAACAGCUUCAGUUGAAACUGGAGAGCAAACAGUACUGCUCACCGCCCUCCGAACCGGAUGUCGACUAUGAAGAUGACAUCACGUGCCUGAGGGAGUCAGACGGCAGCGAUGAAGAAGACUCGCUGUCCAAUCACAGUGAAGAUCGCUUCAGCGAGGGCAGCUGGGACCGUGUGGAGAGGAAGGACACUGAGACUCACCUGCUCAUUUUUCCUGAUUCUCAGGUGACCAGAUGGGUUCCCGAUCACAUGGCUUCACACUGUUAUAAUUGUGACUGUGAGUUCUGGAUCGCCAAAAGACGGCAUCACUGCAGGAACUGCGGAAAUGUGUUUUGUAAAGACUGCUGUCAUCUGCGGCUGCCCAUUCCAGAUCAGCAGCUGUAUGACCCGGUUCUGGUGUGCAACACUUGUUACGACCUUCUCCUGGAGUCACGUACGCGAGAGUUGUGCUCGCAGCAGCUCAAGAAACCCAUCGCCACAGCCUCCAGCUGAGACAGCCAAUCAGCGAUCACCGAGCGGGCCGCCGAGGUCCCCCGCAGAGGUGUCUGUACAGAUGCCCGUUAUUUAGCGGAAGAGUCGCUCUCUGCGUGUAGAGAGACUGGAGGAGAGGACGGUCAACCACAGCUGAGACUGAUCUACGGAUGGAGUCCACACACACUGGAGGAAGAGUGUGGUUAGUGAUGAAGAGUGUUUUUAAUCGAAAGCCUCUUUGAUCGAGGACUGCUGUGAACCCGUGCACCAGUUGGACCUUUAGGUUCAGAUGCCCAGCGGGACGUUUCUUCAUCUCAGAAUUAUCACCCACCUUCUCCUUUGAACCCUACACGUCACUGAAAAAAACACAUACGCUAAUAAAAGAACAAUCACCUCCCUCAGAGCGAGUGACUCCAAUCCCUCUGCGUGUCUAUCGAGAGGCUCUCUAUUUAAACGGAAGAAGCUGCUACAGUAUUUAAAAAUGGAAAUAAUUCUUCUUUUCUAUUCUUAUGAUUUUGUGCACUAAAGAGGGUGAUUCAGACCAAAAUGGAGAAAGCGCAGUUGUUUACGUGCCGUUGUCUGUUGAUACGUGGCUGUACGAAGCUUGAAUGUAAGUUGUGUCGUUCAGGAGAGUUAUAGGGGCGGUGUUACUGAAAAGAUUUAAGCUGCCAGUUUGCAUUGAUUUGAUUGCAAUUUUGUGUCGUCUGUUGUUAAUGGGUUCAAACACAGAACAUUUCUAAAGUUUGUCUUUUUCUGAGCGCCUAUAGUGGCGCUUCAGAUCUGCUCUUUGGCUUAAAUGUAAUUUUUUCUUUUGUGAUGCAAAAUACAAAAAAAAGUUAAAUCUUCAAAUGCCAAACCAAAUCCAACAUCACAUGAAUUAUAUGAGGGAGUAAAAUCAUUAAAUAUAUAAUUUGUUUAGACCUCAUGCUCCUCUGGUUGGUUGUGCCAUGUAUUCUGAUGUGCAACUUUAACAGGAAACAACUGAACAUUUAUGCACCGUUAAUGUGUCUGUUGUGUAAGUGAAGAGAAAACUAUAGCUAUGUUACACUCUGUCUGGUAUUUCAGAAACGUAAUAGUGUACUAUAACUAGUUACUUUUUAUGACGUUAUUUGAGCAACGAUUUUACUUUACAAUAACUAACUGGACAGAUGGAAAUACAUGAAUAAUUGGAAACUGGUGGCAUUUGAAUGCUUUUGUGUUUGAGGGCUUCACUGGUUAGUCUUGUGAAUAUUCCACAACAGCAUUACAUGUUCAGAAUACAUAAGUGCUAUCAUUUAUUUUCAUGUUGUCUCCCUUUUCUUUCCCUAAAAUGAGUGUAAUGUUAAAUCGUAACUUCAAAAACAGUGCCAUCUGUUUUUCCUCCUUUUUAACGGAUUAUCUGUUUUACUUUUUUGUAACUACUUAACAGGUUCAAUGGUACAAUAGCUAGAUGCUUAAAAAUGAAGAAUUGAUUUGUUGAGAUGCGACAUGACUUUAGAAACACUGCUAACUAGAGAACCGCUUUGGUUCUGCAUUUCCUGAUGAUCAAUUUUUUUCUUUUUCAUGGUGUUGAUGAAGAAAACAUAUUGAUUUAAAUCUUUGAAAAGGAACCCAGAAAUGUGAUGUAUAGUUAUUUGGUCUUUAAUAGUGGCUUAAAUUUGUCACUUAGUGAAUAGUUGUUGUAAAGAAAUGCACUGUACAAGUUCAAUCCCGCGAGUGAAAUUAAAACAUAUAUGUCUUUAUCAGCCAUCUGUGUCCGGUUGUUAAUAUACAUCCAAAAUAAAGUCGAAAUGUUACGAGAAUAAAGUCGAAAUAAAAUAAAUACUUUUACCACUGA